CUUACUAAACUCUCACCAGCUCAAGCAAUGGCCACUGCCGCAGUCCUCACUCCUCAUGAUGUCAAUACCACCCUCAACUACUUCAAUCUCGUAGGGGACGGGGCUCCGUUCAAUUACACGUAUACCCCACCAGAAGGCCAGCCGACCACUAACAUUCAACCCGAUCCUCAUCCAGCCGUCGUACACGAUAUCCGUGGCAAAGAGGAUACUGUCUCACUCGACACGACUGGGUUCGAGUUCAUCAAGCAUGUCAGCGAGGAGAAGAAGUUUGUUGACGAGGAAGCGAUCACGACGCGUUAUUAUAAAGAGGUAGAGGAACUUCUCAAGAAGCAUACUGGUGCGAAGAGGAUUUUCAUUUUCGACCAUACUAUCAGACGUCCGAUCGUAGAAGGUUCCGCUCAAGACCAGCCACUUCGCGGGCCUGUGACUCGUGUACAUGUCGACCAGACGUACGUCGCCGGAGAGAAGCGUGUGCACCACCAUCUUCCUGAUGAGGCCGAGCGUCUUCUCAAGUCCCGUGUCCGUAUCAUCAAUGUCUGGCGGCCUAUCGAGAACCCCGUCGCUCAUCAUCCUCUUGCUGUCGCUGAUUGGCGUUCUAUCAAACCUGACGUUGACCUCGUCUCCACCCGGCACAUCUACCGUGACCGCGAGGGCUCGACGUUCAGCGUUAAGUACAACCCUGAGCACCGCUGGUACUACCUCGGUGACCAGACGCCAGAAGAGGUCAUCUUGAUCAAGUGCUUCGACACAGACGAUAGCAAGGCCAGGUUGACCCCACACACCGCAUUUCUGGACUCGUCGAGUCCCAAGGACGCACCGCAGAGGCAGUCUAUCGAGGUUAGGUGCUUGGUAUUUGAUGCGGAGUAGAGGAUGAUCAAGGAGAGCUAUCUCAUUUCAUGUUACGAGUUUUCGAUUGUUAGUAACAUUGUUGAGUCCGUAUCGUAUGUCGUUGUAUGCUCUAUGAACACGGUGCUAUUCCGUCAUGUGUAAUUUCAUCGUUCCUGGUAUGC